GUGGAUAGAGCAAUACUGGUUGAAUUUUUUGUUGUAACUUUUGCUGUUUUUGUUUAUUAUGCAUUUGUUUGCAAAUGUAUUGUUAAUUAAAUGGAUGCCACAAAUGCAACUACAUAAAUGAGCAACAAAAUGAACGUUGCACAAAUGUGGCUGUGGGGCCUGGUCGCGCUCAGCACGCAAACGACCUUUGUUGUGCAGGCAAUGUGCCCCAAUAAAUGCAGCUGCAAGAAUAUUUCAGAGAAUAUUCAAUCGUUGCGCGUUCGCUGCGACGAGCUGCAUAUAGUUAAUUGGAGGGACUUAAACUUUGGCGACGAUGUCCACAAUAUUGUCAGCAUCAAUGCCAGUAAAAAUGCGAUUGCACGUAUAAGCGAAGAUGAUUUUAAAAGCUUUACGGAACUCAAACGUUUGGACUUAUCAUCAAAUUUGCUCACCGAACUGGACAAGAACAGCUUUGGCAAUAGCCUGCUUAAUGUGGAACGCUUGCGUCUAGGUAACAAUUCUAUAAGUCAUAUAUAUGAAGGAACAUUCGAGUUGAUGCCGAAACUGAAGCAGCUGGAUUUAUCUAACAAUCCGUUGGCCUGUGAUUGUGGCUUGAUUUGGUUGAUUGCCUGGUCCAAUGCACGCGAUAUACGUCUGUUGCCGGCGCCCAAAUGUGAUUCACCUAUCAAUUUUCGUGGCAUGCCGCUGAAGAAGCUGAAAGUGGGCAUUGACUUUCGUUGCGAAUCGCUGCUUCAGCCGCUUCUGGAGCUGGUGCCCAAACAGAAUCAGAUUGCCUUUGAGGGCGACGAGCUGCAGUUGAAAUGCUUUGCCCCCCGUGUGGCAAUUGGCGCUCCUCAGGAGUCUGAGGAUUUGCCUACACGUGCCUACGUCUUCUGGGGCUGGUCGGAUAAGAUAAGACAGCAAAACUCCACAGAUGAUAUCAUCUAUCGUGAUCCCAGCAAAGUGUUUAAUGAUGUGCAUUUAGAAACGCGUCAUUCCAACGAUUCGGGCAUAUUGAAUUCGAUAUUACGCAUUGGCAGCUUAACGCAGAAUCACACGGGCAUGUGGGAUUGUACGCUGCGUAGCCAGCAGGCGAACCUUUCCCAAUCCAUUGUCCUUCAUGUGGUGGCCAAGGGAACGCUCUACUGUGAUGCUUUGAUCACGCAUACGAACAAGGGCAGCUACCACUGGCCGCGCACCAUGAGAGGUGAAACAGUGCUGCAAGCCUGCGUCGAGGAGCCCAGCGACGUGAGUUUGCAGCGACGAGCGUCACAUGAAUGUGGCAACGAUGGUCAAUGGCAUCGACUGAAUGCCGAGAGCUGUGUCUACGUUAGCGAAACGACGCGCAUCUUCGAACAGUUUGCAAAGGUGAAUUUAACGCUUACCAAAGGCAAAAAUGCGCUAGAAAUCGCGAGGCGCUUGCACAACUUUACGCAUAUACAAACGCAACUGCACAAAAUACGCGAUCCCAUGGACUUGGAGUAUAUAGCGCGAACACUGCUUAAAUAUCUCGAACAGCUGGACGCGCAUCAGCAGGAGAUAAGCUAUUUGCUAAUGGACAUUGUCUCACAGCUGCUAACGUUGCCCGGUAAAAUUUUUGAGGCAGCACAACUGGAGCAGGGUACAAGUCAUAAGCUGCUUCACAUUGUCGAAGCCGCCGCCUUGCGCUUGGCCACCAGCAGUACCAUUGGUGCAGGCGAUGGCGAUGCAAGCGAUUGGCGGCGCCAAAUGCUGCAGCGCAACAUCUUUGUGGAGUUCUUCAAUAUCAGUCUGGAGCAAUUUCUGAGCAUGUCCUGCGUGUGGCUCGAUGGCAGCCAGCGCGGCUUACAAUGCAAUAGCGCCAAUGAUACGAUACCCAUGUACGAGCAUGGCGACAUCGAUGCAGCUAUACAGGUGCCCUAUCAGGUGCUCAAUGAGCAGGUAUCAUCGGCUAAUAGCUCAAGCAGCUUGCAGCGCAACUUAAGACUUAUGAUCACGCUGCAUCGCAACGCAAAGCUAUUGCCCAAUUUGCUGAGCAAACAGAACGAAACGUUGUCGUCUGUGGUCAUCGGUGCCCGCCUUUACAGCGAUGCUGAGCCAUUGGAUAAUCAAUUGCCAGCAGCUGAAGAGGAGCUCAAUCUCGAGCAGGACGAUGUCUACCAGCAGCGAAUAACUAUAAUGCUGCGGGCACAUCCGUAUCACGAUGAGCGCAGUGCUCCAUUGCCCGCCUGGUGGGAUGAACAGCAACAGGCAUGGAAUACUCGAGUCUGCCAGCAGCAUUAUCAACAUCGCACUCUACUCAUGUUCAGCUGCAGCAGUCGCAGCGGCUAUUUUGGAUUGCUGCAACGUGCUGCUUAUCUGAAUGACUAUCGGAGCGAGCAGGCGGGCGCUCGCUUUCGGCACGCCCCCUUGCCCAUUUAUGUGGGCUGCGGUCUAUUGUUCGGCUGCGCCUGGUUCAACAUAGUCACCUUUGUCGUCUUCGGCUGUGCCAUACGCAUUAAUCGCGUGCAGCGACACGCUUUGGUCAACACCUGGCUGGCAUUGUCCACACUCUGUUUAACCUUUAUGCUGGGCAUCUAUCAGACAACGAAUUUGCUGCACUGCCGUCUAUUUGGAUUGCUCUUGCACUAUCUCAGCCUCUGCGUGCUGCUCUGGCUGUGCGUUAGUCUGAGCAGCAUGUACAAAAGGCUGAGCAAAUCAACGACAGCCACAUCUUUGCCAUUAGGCGGCCAGCAGGCGUUGCCCAUGCAGCUACCACAGGAGCCGCAUCAGCGUAAGCCCAUACUGGGCAUCUAUCUCGUUGGCUGGGGCAUUGCGCUGCUCAUCUGCGGCAUCAGCAGCGCUGUCAACAUGUCCGAGUAUGCCGCCUACAGCUACUGCUUCCUCCACAACUCGACGACUUUGAACGCUUUGGUUGUGCCAGCCGGCAUUUUGCUGAUCUUUAGCGGGUUCUUGGCGCUUUGCAUCUACUACCAACUCAGUCAGCAGGCUGUGAAUGUGCUACAACAGCAACAGCAUCUCGGCCAGCGUCAAUAUUCGGAUAAUAACACCCAGGCAACGGAGCACAUUGAUCUGGACUGGUUGGACGCAAAUGGCUGUGCAACUGUGAAGCAGGAGGCAAGCAGCUCAGCUUUGCAGCUGCAGGAGCAGUACAGUACGCUAAGCAAUCCAUUGAGCAGCAUUGUGGAUGACUACGAGCGCUCGAAUAUGUCGCAUCUGCGUGGGCAUUUAAUCUUUUUGGUGCUCUACGUUUGCGCCUGGCUGUCGGCUGCCUUCUACGUGCACAGCGAGGAGGAGCUUUAUGUGUUGAGCUUUGUCGCCAGCUGUGUGGCAUUGGCUCUCUUUCUGCUGCUCUUCUAUAAUCUGACCAGGAACGAUGCACGCCAGGCCUGGGCCCAGCAUCGUUUGGCCAGAUCCAGUCGGUUGGUGGCCUAUAAUAAUGCAAGGAACGGGAGCAGUCAAGCUCGAGCUGCUGCUGCAGCAGCCACAUCGGCUGCCAAAGCUGGCCAAGGCGCUGCUAUGAUAAGCAAUUCAAUUGUCGCCUACAAAGCUGGUCCGGGCAGCCUCUAUGAGCCGAACAACUCGGCCGGCUCGCGUUCGAAUAGCCAAUGCUCCAAUAAGCAACGCAGCAGUAGUGCCCGUAGCAUGCGUAGCCAGAAUCGCAGCAACGGUCACUUGGACUGCACCACACAGCAGCUGUUGGCUGGCGGCGGCGGAGGAGGAGGCGGAGGCGUGGGCGGCAAUUCGGCCACAUCCAUAACGAUAAUUAACAACAAUCAUGGACAGCAAACGCUGAGUGGAGCCUCCGCUGUCUCCCAGCAGGCAGGACAACAUCAUCUGCUCCAUGUGAGCAAUGGACAGGAGUGUAUACCCAGUGCGGAAAUCUUCUACAAUCCCAACCAGAUCAAUGUGGCGCGCAAGUUCUUCAAGAAACAGAAACGUUUGGCCAAGCGCAACAAUUUUGAGCUGCAGCGUCAGGCACUGCCCCAGCAGCUGCACAGCCAGCACAGCUUAAGCGAUGCCAGCUCCGAGCAGCUCUACGCUCGACAUCAUAAUGCGAUGACCCUCUUGGCAGGUGGCACCAAGGUGAACAACACGAAUUUGCAUUACAAGUCGCAGGUGGAGCAACAGCAGCACAAACGAUUCGUGCCCGCCUCCAAAAUAUUGCAAGCGAACAUUUAUACGAAUAUACCCGAGACGCUGACGCCGCAGCAUGAGGUGAUUAAGCUGCGCACGCCCUCGCUGCUCGACGAGACGCUGCACGAGCACGAUGACGAGCUGCUGACCACGCACGAAGACGACGAUGGCAGCUCUUUGGACGAGCAUGCGCCGCUGUAUGCCAACACAAUGCCAGGCACACCGCAGAACGAACUCAAUGCGCAUGUCUUUAGGGAGCGGGGAGCGCCUCUGAGUUCCACGCCCGUGAAGCGGCCCAGCUUGGAGGCCAUGAAUAGCUUGGGUCUGCCGGAAGCGACGAGCAGCGAGGCAGCUGCUGCUGAGGAGCCGCUGCUGCAAAAACAUGAGAUCUACGUCUCCAACUCGCUGCAGGUCACCAAUAGCAUUCGCCUGGAAGAUGACUUUCCCAGCGUGCUCAUCCGCUACAGCCAGCAGCAGCAGUCAAAAUCCCUGAACAAUAUACACGACAUGCUCGCCGCGGGUGCUGCCACAAAGGAAGCCAAUGGCAACGCUGCAGCAGCCGCAUUGGAGGGCAACAAUUUGGGCUCCUUAGCGGGCAGCAGUGGCAAUUCGCUAGUCACCCAAAUGAUGUACUCCUGCUCCAGCAGCAAUCUGCCCCAGUUGCAAGCGACGCACAAUGCCCGCAGUCGACCCGCCGGCGUCGGUGGUGUGGAUCACUUUAAUCUUCCAAGCAGCACGCGGCUUCUCUCCGCCAGCCCGACCAAUGAGAGCGAUCUGAACUAUCAGAACUCUGAGAUUAGCAUACGCAGCCAUGGACUAUAUGCGCCGCAAACGGAUAACGAUUUAAACCUGACUUUAACAGACGAUUUUCGCUGCUAUCAGUCAUCGAACGCCAGCGAUGCGGACGUGGAUGUGCUCAAUGAGUUUGACGAUGAGUUUGUAGCCAAUGGGGAUGCAGUCUAUGCGCUGCAGCAGAGCCAGCUGCAUGUGGGCAAUGGAGGCGCUGGUGGUGGCGAGGCCACAGCGGAAGCCACAGAGGAGGAUGAGAUUGUUGAUGAUGUUGACGAGGAUGAGGAUGACGAGGAGGCCAUGAACAACUCCAUCGAUGAGCUAUACGAGGCCAUCAAGUGUCGCAGUCCUCUCAGGAGUUGCAAGCAGCUGCUGCAGGAGCCGCACAGUUCACCAACAGCUGCCGAAAGAUUGCGAAAGACUGAGACGCAGCUGCAGCUGCAGCUGCAGCAUCCGUCCUCGAGCAAUCCUAAUCCCAAUCCCAGCUCGACCAACAAUCAAGACCAUCUCAAUGAAACUGUGGAAGAUGAUAGCAGCCAAAGCAGCGUCAUUUCCUAUAUCGAUCCUAGAGCAAACAAUCCUAGUUAGCUCAUACACUAGUAUAUAGACUAUAUAUAUAUAGAUACAUAGAUAUUUAUACAUCUUAAACUAGAUGUAGGCUUAGUUAUAGAGACGAUACGACAAACCCUCCGUGCUUGGCUGACAUGCCAAUGCCAAAGUAUUCCUCUCCUCAAUAGAACCUAAGCUUUUUUUUUUAAAUUAUAU